AUGGCCUCCCAAAGUCCUCAGAAAAUCACAAUUGACACCAAAUCCUGCGGUCCCCUUACUGCAUACCUUCACGGAGGUCGUGUAGGAAAGGACGUUGCUGUUCUAACUCUUCAUGAUCUCGGAUGUAACUUUAAAGAAUUUUACGACUUUGCUAACCAUGACCACAUGAUCCAGCUCACCCAACGAAUAUUCUGGAUACACAUUGAAGUUCCCGGCCAGGGUGAUAAUGAACCCGAUCUUCCCUCUGAUUGGAAAUUUCCAACCAUGCAGAAGAUCGCUGAAGGCAUUGCUGAACUCUGCGACAGUUUGGAAUUGAAACAUUUUGUUGUUAUUGGUGAUGGUGCCGGCGCAAACAUUCUUGCUCGUGUUGCUAUGCUUCGUACAGAUAUUUGCCUUGGUGCAAUUCUUAUCCACUGUACAGGAACAACUGCCGGUUUCAUGGAAUCAUUUCGUGAUCGCAUGAACUCAUGGAAACUUAAAUCAAUUGGUAUGAAUCCAAGUGUUGAAAACUACCUUAUGCUCCAUCGUUUUGGCAUUUUCAUUAAUGCUACAACUGAGGCUGAGCUCCGCACAGCUAUCAGUAAUUUCCUUCAAAAUCUUCGUGAAAAGAUCAAUCCCAAGAAUCUGAACAAAUUUAUUCAGGCGUUCAUGGUGUGCCCUGUUCUAUUCAUCACUGGCUCAGUGGCAUCUUUCAAUCACACCGUCUACACUCUUUACAAUGCUCUGAUGCAUUCCUUGAAAGAUGAACCUUCUCGAAAAGCUGACGUUGAAAUUCUUGAGAUUGACGGAGUCGCCAACGUCAUGCGUGAGAGGCCCGAGAAGGUGGCUGAGUCGGUUCAAAACUUUAUGCAAGGUUUGGGCAUCGCUGGUGGAGUUGUGAAUAGACGCCUUAGCUCAACUGGAAGUGUACCAAAGAACCGCAAUCGUUCAGCUUCUAUGGAUGAGUAUGAUCAACCAAUUGGAGUUAAGAACCUCAUUUAUGACAACUCACGUCGCUACUCCAAGGCGACCGAUUUUCCGGGAAGCAUCUCGGAAACAGGAGAAAACUGA